AAUGGCAGCAGAGUGACAUCAUGGCCCUGAUGAUACCUCCAGUGAAGCUCAAAUGGCUGGAGCACCUGAACGGCUCGUGGAUCACGGACGACAGCGAGUCCAUCUCCACGCGGGAGGGCGUGUCCGUGCUCUACUCUAAGCUGCUCACCAACAAAGAGGUGGUCGUCCUUCCCCAACAGGUGUUGUGUCUGAAGGGACCCCAGCUGCCAGACUUUGAGCGUGAGUCCCUGUCCAGCGAUGAACAGGAACACUACCUAGACGCCCUCCUCAACAGCCAGAUGGCGUUGGCCAAGAUGGUGUGUUCCGACUCUCCCUUCGCCUCCGCUCUCCGCAAACGCCUGCUGGUCCUCCAGAGGAUCUUCUUCGCUCUGUCCAACAAGUACCACGACAAGGGCAAAGUCAAGCAGCAGCAGCACUCGCCCGACAACAACUCCGGGUCGUCCGACCUGCACUCUGUCAGCGAGCGGCCGCGGUCCAGCACCGAUGCUCUGAUCGAGAUGGGGGUCCGAACGGGCCUCAGUCUGCUGUUCGCUCUGCUCCGUCAGAGCUGGAUGAUGCCGCCGCCGCCGGGCCCCGGAGGACUCAACCUCUGUAACGACGUCAUCCACACGGCCAUGGACGUGGUCUCGUCCCUGCCGCCUCUUUCCCUGGCCAACGAGAGUAAGAUCCCCCCGAUGGGUCUGGACUGCCUGACCCAGGUCACCACUUUCCUGAAGGGAGUGACCAUGCCAAACUCCGGGGCGGACGUCUUGGGUCGGAGGCUGGCGUCGGAGCUGUUGCUGGGCCUGGCUGCCCAGAGGGGGUCCCUGAGGUACCUUCUGGAGUGGGUGGAGAUGGCUCUGGUGGCGUCCGCCGUGGUCAGCACCAUGGAGAAGGAGACGAUGAAGGCGUGUCUGCUGAACCAGGAAGGGCUGAUUGGAUACGACUGCUUCAUGAACAUCCUCAUGCAGAUGAGACGUUCCCUGGGCUCGUCAGCAGACAGGAGUCAGUGGAGGGAACCGACUCGGACAUCAGACGGGCUGUGCUCUUUGUAUGAAGCAGCUCUCUGUCUGUUCGAAGAGGUGUGCAGGAUGGCGUCAGACUACUCCCGUACCUGUGCCAGCCCAGACAGCCUCCAGAGCGGCGAGGCUCCCAUGCUGUCAGAGACGUGUGAGGUGUACGUCUGGGGCAGUAACAGCUCCCACCAGCUGGUGGAGGGAACACAGGAGAAGAUCCUCCAGCCCAAGUUGGCACCCAGCUUCGCCGACACACAGACGAUUGAGGCAGGCCAAUAUUGCACCUUCGUCAUCUCUUCUGACGGCUCUGUCAGAGCCUGUGGUAAAGGCAGCUACGGCAGAUUGGGUCUGGGAGACUCCAACAACCAAUCGUCUCUCAAGAAGCUGACCUUUGAACCUCACCGCGCCAUCAAAAAGGUGACGUCAUCGAAGGGGUCGGACGGACACACACUGGCCUUCACCACGGAGGGAGAGGUGUUCAGUUGGGGAGACGGGGACUACGGAAAGUUGGGGCAUGGGAACAGCUCCACACAGAAGUACCCCAAACUCAUCCAGGGACCUCUGCAGGGAAAGGUGGUGGUGUGUGUGUCAGCGGGCUACCGACACAGUUCAGCGGUCAGUGAGGAUGGAGAGCUCUACACGUGGGGUGAAGGAGACUUCGGGAGAUUAGGUCACGGAGACAGCAACAGCAGAAACAUUCCUACUCUGGUCAAAGACAUCAGCAACGUAGGAGAGGUGUCUUGUGGGAGUUCUCACACCAUAGCUUUGUCAAAAGAUGGCCGCACCGUGUGGUCCUUCGGAGGGGGAGACAAUGGGAAACUGGGGCAUGGAGAUACAAACCGUGUCUAUAAACCCAAAGUAGUGGAGGCCUUGCAGGGGAUGUUCAUAAGGAAAGUGUGUGCUGGAAGCCAGUCCUCCCUGGCCCUGACCUCCACUGGACAGGUGUAUGCCUGGGGCUGUGGGGCCUGCCUGGGCUGUGGUUCCUCUGAAGCCACAGCACUGAGACCCAAACUGAUUGAGGAGUUGACAGCGACCAGGGUGGUGGACCUCUCCAUAGGAGACAGCCACUGUCUAGCUCUCUCACACGGUAAAACAACCCUUUAAAAAGAAAGAGAUGAUUAUUUUA